GCCUUACCAUUGCGUCACACUUCACGGUUAUUAUUAUUCGCCUCUGUGCCAUGACUGUACCCCCGAGUUGCGGUUUCAAACUCCAUAAUGCGGCGUUACAUUCGUGCACUAAUGCUGUGCACGGUGUUCGCCGUGUUUUCGGGCUUGUAUGUUUACAGUAAGCUAUUUGACUCGGACGGAAACGGGGGAAACGGAGCGAAGAGGAUUUUCAUCCCCCCGAGAGCCCCCGGAGCCAGGCGAGGGGCCGCGGACAAAACUGGGCCCCAAAGCCCACACUGGUACAAUAGGUACAUCAUGCGUCAGCGAGGUCAGGUCGAGGCAGGUGGUGGCAGCAUCCAGAGCAGACCUGAACCUCCCAUGCACUUGGCUGUGGUGGCCUGUGGUGAGAGGCUGGAGGAGACCCUCACCAUGAUCAAAUCCGCUGUGCUUCUCAGCAUCAAAAGCCUCUGCCUGCACAUCUUCGCUGAAGAUCAGCUACAUGCCAGCUUCAUGGAAGCUUUGGAGUCCUGGCCUGGUUUUGUUCGCUCCAGGUUCAAUUACACAGUGUACUCCAUCAGCUUCCCCAGUGAGAACGCAGCCGAGUGGAAAAAACUCUUCAAACCCUGCGCUUCUCAGAGGCUCUUCUUACCUCUGAUCCUAAAGCAUGUUGACUCGAUAGUGUACGUGGACUCAGACAUCCUCUUCCUGCAGCCUGUAGACCAGCUGUGGGCGUUUCUGUCCCAGUUUAACUCCUCACAGUUGGCGGCCAUGGCCCCGGAGCACGAGGAGCCCCGCAUCGCCUGGUACACCCGCUUCGCCCGUCACCCCUUCUACGGCAGGACGGGCAUCAACUCAGGGGUCAUGAUCAUGAACAUGACAAGGAUGAGGAAUAUGUUCUUUAAGAAUGACAUGACGUUGGUGGGGCUCCGUUGGGAGGAGCUGCUGAUGCCUCUACUUCAAAAAUACAAACUCAACAUAACCUGGGGAGACCAGGACCUUCUUAAUAUAAUCUUCCACCAUAACCCUGAGAGCUUGCUGGAGUUUCCGUGCCAGUGGAAUUAUCGUCCAGACCAUUGUAUCUACGGCAGCAACUGUGCCUCAGCUGAGGAAGAUGGCAUCUACAUACUGCAUGGAAACAGAGGGGUUUACCACGACCACAAACAACCUGCCUUCAGAGCCGUCUAUGAGGCCAUACGAAAGUAUUCAUUUGGCGCGGACCCACUGAAUUCUUUGUUGACUCCUCUUGAGGACGAACUGUUGAAGACGACACAUACUUACUGUGGUAAAUCCCACGCGCCCUUCACCAAGAAGCUGGCACACAGCCUGGCAAACAUCAACAGGAAGGCCCCAAGCGGACGGUGACAAAAAUGAAUGACAAUGAUGGAAUAGAGGCCCAAAAACAGACUCUUUUUAGCCUCAGUUUUACAAGAUUCGUUGCCAAGACAAGGAACGGUGCUAAUUGUGGCUGGCCAUAUGUACUUGCUGUCCUUGAUCAAGAAAUUUAAUGCCUAACAUCUAAUCUUGAAACCCUGCUUGAACAGCAGGACAUUUUUUUUCGACUGAAACACAACCACUAUAGCUUAGUAAACAGUUUGUUAUCUGACAAACUGAUUUAAGACUAACUGCUCACUUCUUGUAAAUUGCUCUGGAUAAGAGCGUGAUCUAAAUGAAGCGUAGGCCAGUUGGCCUUGGAGCAUAGUACUAAACUUAGCAAACACAAAAAUGUUUGCUACAGGUGUACACGCAGGCUUUUAAAUGAUUUGGCUCAAUUCUGUCACAGAGUUUGAAUAUUUUUAUAGUUAACUGAGAACUGGGGAGUUGUUUUUUAAACCAACAGUUUCUCUUCUGUGUCGUUGUAUUCUGGUGCCUUUGGUUAUUGACUAAAGGAGAUCAUUCCUUGUGCUGCAAAAGAUCUGUAAAAGUUUGGAAGAGGAGCUCUUGACUUUCCAUAUUGGAGAAUUUAUUGAACCAUGUGAAAAACUUUUAUUAUUAAAAGAGACAAAACCAUAUCAGAACUGGACAAUGGGCUUUUUCUGCAGGGCCCGUUUUCUUAGAUAUAUGCACUGGACCACUUUUACAACCUUCAGAAACCACUUGAUUAGCAACAAGAUGGUCAUGCAUGUAAAAAUAAGGUACUGUAUUGUGAAUUUUCAAGAGACUGUAUAAAUGAUUUCUGCAAUUCUUCAUGUUAUUUCUAUAGUAGUAGUGGAUAAGCUUAUAAAACCUCUGUUAGAGUACUGGUACACAGGUUAUAUAAUUCAUAUUUUGACUAAACAGGAUGAUUCACAUACUGCACUGUUCACAUAUGUACUGUAGGUGCCAUCCCUGCUGAGAAAAUAUUGUUUUUAUGUCCUAUGUUGGUCUACAUUUUUGUGAUAUCAGGUUCUAAGUAAACUUUUUUACAUUUUCAUCUGUCGGUUUGAGCCUGAAUGUUUAUGAUCAUAAUUAGAUAUUAACUACUACUUUUUUUUUUAAAGGAUGUGUUGUGUCAAUCAAGACACACAAGUAUGCUUAAAAUCCUGUUUAGUUAGUUUUGAUACACAGUCUAUCAGCAUACACUCGUGCAGAAAAAUGCUGUUGAACAUGAGAAUAAGCUACAAAUUCCUCUCCUGAUACCAAAGUGUUGUUUUUUUUUUGUUUUUUUUUUACUGUAACUGGUUUUUGCACCUUUGAAUGUAUUUUGGACGCUAAGGGUUGAAAUUAAAAUGUUAUCAUUAUCAGUUUCAUGUAUUGUAUGGUUGUAUUGUUAGAAUAUCCUUUGUUACAUUUCCAUGUUUACUGGUUUAUAUGUCUGUGU